AAUAAUUGCCGGGAAUCAGCCAGUUAUUCAGUCCCUCCAAGGCUUCUAAGGAAGGAAGAUGGACCUCUCCGUGGUGUUGCUGACAUUUGCGAUCUGCUUCCUCCUUUGCCUGGUGGUGCCCACUUAUCGCGAUGCCCGAAGAACAGAUCUCCCUCCAGGAGUCGAUGGACCUUUCAAACUCUUCCUAACUUCCAUUUUCUUACAUUCAUCCAUGCAUAUGGCAUAUAUUUUGGAGAAGCUGGGAAUCUGUACAAAACCGACACUCCUUAAAUGGAGUUCCAUUGCAAUUCCAGUACUGAGUGAGCCCAGACUCUACACUACCGACACAAAAUUUGACACUGUGACUGUGAGGAUUUAUCAGCCAAAGGGCCUAUCCACAGGACAGAGGGGAAUUAUCUACCUGUAUGGAGGAGGUGGCUUAUUCGGGAGCAUAAGAGGUUAUCAAAUGCUGUGCCGCUACCUUUCCAGAGAAAGUGAAUCAGUGCUUGUGUGUGUUGGGCAACGUUUGGCUCCUAAGCACCCCUGUCCUGCACAAAUCAUGGACUGCAUCACUGCCACUGAAUAUUUUUUGGAAAAUGCAAGUGAUUAUGGGGUAGACCCUAAUCGUAUUGUCAUUGCUGGUGACAGCUCUGGGGCUGCAAUUGUUCCCCUUGUCUGUCAACAUCUGUUAACGAGAAAGGAUCUCCCAAAGGUCAGAGCCCAGAUCCUGCUCUACCCAAAUAUUCAAACAAUGGACUACAACUUGCCAUCUUAUCAGCAAAACCGAAAUGUCCCCAUCCUGUUCACAAAAUGGACUGCCGAAUUUGACCUCCGAUAUAUGAAUGUGAAGCUAGCAUAUUUGGAUCAAGUCCUGAAGGGGGCCCAUGUUUCCGAAGAAAUGAAGAUGAAAUACGGGAAAUGGAUCCAUGCAGAUAAUAUCCCGGAUGAGUUUAAAGUCAGGGGCUACAAACCACCCCCGCCAGUCCCAUUUUCAAAGGAGCUGCACGAAAUGAUGAAGAAUUCCUUCGAGCCCAAGUAUUGUGCUCUUCUAGUGGAAGAUGACAUUGUGCGCCAGCUCCCUGAGACGUAUAUGUUAACCUGCGAGUAUGAUGUGCUUAGGGAUGAUGGACUGUUAUACAAAAAAAGGUUGGAGGACAACGGUGUGCCAGUAACUUGGCACCAUUCAAAGGAUGGGUUCCAUGGGAUUCUAUGUUCAAUUGAUUGGUUCUUUGAAUGGCCAUGUGCAAGGGUUGCAGCAGAGCAUGUAACAAGCUUCAUAAAACAAUUCUGAUCAAAAAUCUGUUCUCUUUCCCGCAUAAAGACCUUUCAUUUUACUGCAUGCAGUGCACUUAAAGAAGAUGUCAUGAAAAUGAUGUACAGAUUGUAUUUAACACCAGCUGAAUUGGAUAAAAUGUACAAGACAAGAACUACCGGUAAUAAGUUGUGGAAAUGUAAGGGAAGGGAAGGUAUCUUUUACUACAUGUGGUGGACUUGUAAAAAGGUAAAGGCUUUCUGGGAAAUGGCAUAUAAUGAGUUAAAGAAAAUGGUU